AAAAAAUGAUUUUAUGGAAUCAUUGUUUGAGCAUAAGUUUAUUGAUUGUGAUUACAGAUUCAAAAUCAUCAAACGUAAGAAAAAAUACAAAAGCUGACAAUGAUUUUACAGAAAUAUUACAUUCUAUUAUCAAAAUAAAUGAAAAAAGAAUCAAUUCGCUUAAAACAUUAAUAGAUUUAGACGAUUACAAUAAAGCGAGAGCACUUCGAAACAAAUUAAACGAUGGAAUAAAGAAACAUGAAAUAAUAGGUAUUAUAAUUGGAGAAGUUGAAAAUACAUCAAAAGAUUUAUUAAAAUAUAAUAAAAAUAUUAAAAGAAGACAUAACAACGGUGGUAAUAGACAUGGUAAAAAAAUGCAAUCAUUGGGUAAUUAUAAAGUUGAGACGAUAGUAAAACCUAUAAGUAAAGAUUCUGGUACGAGUUCUUCUGAAAUGGAUUGUAAUCCAAAUCAAAAUAAUUGCAAUGGCAAUGGUCGUAGUAAAUGUCAAUCUGAAUGUUCAUCGUAUUGUGUAGAUUCAUGUAAUAAUGCGUUUAAACAUUUCUGUUUAACUUACGCAUGUGACUAUAGUAUGAAAGCGCAAAUGGAACACGAAUGCUCGGACUACUGCUCGGGAAAUUAAUAGAAUCAUUAAUAAACUUUAUUUUCGUCUUUUAUUUAAACU